AUGAGAAUAGUAAACCGUGAAGGAGGAAGCAAGAGGGACUUUUCUUUUGGCCUAGUGAAGAAGUUUAAAAACGGGAGUAUCACUGCUGGAGGUGAAGAACCGCAGAGAGAGGCCAGUGGCACAGGGGAGAGAGGACAUGCCACUGAAAAGGGUACCAGAGUGCCAGAAGUUACAGCCCCAGGAGAUAUCAUCAUUGGAGGAAUCUUUCCCAUUCAUGGAGAUGUAGACAAAAAGAACAACUCCUUUGCACCCCACAAACCGCCAUGUAUCAGGUUUGAAGAAAGUGGACUGGUGAAGGCGCUGGCUAUGAUCAAUGCUAUUGAGAUCAUGAAUAAGUCCCCUCUGCUGGCUGAUGUUAACAUCACUCUGGGCUACCGGAUCUUAGACUCCUGCUCCGAUGUCAGCACAGCCCUGAGGGCCACAGCAGACUUCACCCAGCAGCCCGAGUGCCACACCGGAAGCAACUCCACCUCUCAUCUGCCAGUCAUGGCUAUUAUAGGGGACUCUCACUCUGAAACAUCCAUUGCCAUCGCCAACCAACUGACUCUCAAGAUGAUUCCUCAAAUAAGUUAUUCAUCAACCGCUGUCAUUCUGAGUGAUAAGAGCCGCUUCCCUGCCUUCAUGAGGACUGUUCCUAAUGACAAGCAUCAGACAGCUGCCAUGGUCAGUCUGCUCAGCACAUUUGGAUGGAACUGGGUGGGAGUAGUUACCACAGAUGGAAAUUACGGCCAAUCUGCUCUGGACCACUUUGUGUCCCAGGCUUCUGAAAAGGGAAUCUGUGUCGCCUUCAAAUCAAUUCUACCUCAAUCUAUAAGCGGUCAGCAUGUCUGCUCUGCAAUCACGCAGACUGCUAAAACCAUCUACAACAAUCCCAAGGUACAGGUGAUCGUGUCUUUUGCCAAACCAACUCACAUGAUGUACCUUUACCAGGAGCUUAAGAAUCAGCUGAGAGCAGGACAGAACAUGGAGUCAAUGAGAAGAGUCUGGGUGGCCAGUGACAGCUGGUCUUCCUCCAGCUCUGUGAAAGGAAACUUAACACUGGAGGACAUAGGACACAUUGUGGGCUUCACCUUCAAAAGUGGAGAUCUGUCGUCAUUCAGUGAGUACCUGAGCAGGUUAGAGGCAGCUGGACAUGACUACACAGAGACGAACCCUUUCAUGCAGGAGUUCUACAUGCAGCUAAAGGCUGAAGGUUCUGGAGACACUGAACUGGUGUCUAAAGCUGUGAACACCCUCAGGGAACGAGCAGACACUAUCUUCAGUGUUGAGAUGGCUGUGAGUGCUAUUGUUCAGGCUGUGGCAUCUAUCUGCAGGAGGAGAAACUGCAAAACACCAGGCACAGUGCAACCGUGGGAGGUGCUGAAAGCUCUGUGGAUGGAAGAGUUUAAACUUAAAGAAAAGAGCUAUACGUUUGACAGCAGUGGAGACAUCAACCUGGGCUAUGAUGUGACAAUGUGGAGGUCAGAUGGAGGGAACAUCCUUGUUCAUAAUGUUGUAGCUGGAUACCAUCCACACAUCAACAACUUCACCCACACCAACAAAACCACCACCCAACAGUUCAAAGACCUAAAGCUCAUCAUCUCAAAAUGCUCCAAAAGCUGCGUCCCUGGAGAGUUCAAGAAAACAGCAGAGGGUCAACACACUUGUUGUUAUGAGUGCAUCAACUGUACUGAGAACUACUACUCUAAUAAUACAGAUAUGCACCAGUGCCUGAGCUGUGACACAAAUAAAGAGUGGUCUCCUAAGGGCAGCUCCAGCUGCAUCCCCAAAGCCCAGCUCUUCUUCUCCUGGCAGGACGGCUUUGCUGUGGUGCUCCUGACCUUUUCUGCCCUGGGCAUCCUUCUGGCUCUGCUGGUGUCAGCACUGUUUCUACAUCAGAGGGACACACCUGUAGUGAAGGCUGCCGGGGGGCCACUGAGCCAGGCCAUCCUGUUCUCUCUGGUCAUCAGUUACAUCAGUGCGAUGCUGUUUGUAGGCCGGCCCAACAGUUUCCAGUGCAAGGCUCGACAGGUGCUCUUUGGCAUCAGCUUCACUCUGUGUGUUUCCUGCAUUCUCGUCAAGACCCUGCAGAUCCUACUAGCCUUCCAGUUUGACCCUGUGCUGCAGAGGGUGCUGCGGAGGCUCUACCAGCCUUACAUCAUCGUCAGCAUCUGUGUGGCCUUACAGGUAGCUACCUGCAUCUGCUGGCUGGUCCUCAAAAGUCCAUUUAAUCACAUCAUCAGGCAACCAACCACUCUGCUGGAGGACUGUCAUGAGGGCUCAUAUCUGGCCUUUGGGGUGAUGUUGGGCUACAUAGCUGUCCUGGCGUUUGUGUGUUUUAUCUGUGCUUUCAAAGGACGUAAACUGCCACAGCAGUACAACGAGGCAAAGUUUAUUACAUUCAGCAUGCUGCUCUACCUCGUCUCCUGGCUGCUCUUCAUUCCUGUCUACGUCACAACUUCAGGAGUGUACCUGCCAGCUGUGGAGAUGGUAGUCAUUCUCAUUUCCAACUACGGCAUCCUCAGCUGUCAUUUCUUCCCAAAGUGUUAUGUAAUUCUUUUUAAGAAAGAACAAAACACCAAGAGUGCUUUCAGGAAAAAUCUGUAUGAAUACUCCAGCAAAUCCACGCAUUCUGUCUCUGUGUCUGGAAGCUCCAUUGCCGCCGCGCCAAGCUCUCUGGUUUUCUCCAACCUCCGGGUUCCAAGGUCUGCAGAGAAACAGCAGGUCUUCCCAUGA